CUGAUGCAACCAAUCCUGCAGACCUCGUUACAGGACCUGUGCUAUUUUGUAGUUUUACAUCUGCUGAGAUUUGGGAGUGAAAUAAUUUAAUAAGUCGUCGUAAUUUUUAAAAUAUUGUGUUAAGUUGUACCAAUUUAAUUAUUAUAUUCGUCUGUUUUGAAUUAUUGGGUACAACUUACAGUUAUAUAAACAACAUAAUUUUUAUCGCUCUUUACAAUAAACGAAGCUGUUAGUAAUACUAGUGUUAAGUGUUACUGUAAUUGUAAACUUAAAGUGUAAGUGUUAGAAAACGGCGUAAAACUUUUAUUAUAACAUUGAUUGAAUUAAAAACUGAAGAUUACUAAAUAAAUAGUAGGUCUCAGGAGUAAGUAGUAAGUUUGGGCAAUUAAAAAUUCUACUACUUUUGAAGAAACGAUUACAAAGCCUGAGUAAGUGAGUUGAAACUUGAAAUAUGGCAGAUGAUGAAGCAAUUUUUGACCCUACUAUGAAAAAGAAGAAGAAAAAGAAGAGGACUCCUUUUGAUCUUGGUAGUGGAAUUGAUGAUGGCCCUACAACAGUUGAUAAUACUCCUGUUGAAUUAAAGGUUGAAAAUGGAGUUGAAAAAGAAGAUCCAGACAAAGAAAACAAGGAUAAUGAAGAUAGAGAAAAUAAAGAUGAUGAUGCACCACUUGACUUGGAUGAUUUUACUGGUGUAAAGAAGAAGAAAAAGAAGAAGAAAGUAUUUGGUCUAGAUGAGUUAGAGAGUGCACUUCCUAAUUUAGAACCAAAAGAAGAACAAAUUCAUCAAGUUAGUGAAGAAAAAGAUGAUGAUCUUGGUGGGUUGGAUGAAGAUCUUGACUUCAGCUUACCAAAGAAGAAGAAGAAAAAAAAGAAGAUUUCUUUUGAUGAACUAGAAGUAGACUCUUUCCCUCAGGAUGAAGAUGAAGACACAGAAACAACAUUUGAACUUGAAGGAGAGACAAAGACAUCCACUGUGGCAGCACCUGGUCUAUGGAUAGGAACAGAUAGAGAUUAUACUUAUGAUGAGCUUUUAAACAGAGUUUUCAAUAUUAUGAGGGAAAAGAAUCCAGAUAUGGUCGCAGGUGAAAAACGGCGAUUUGUCAUGAGGCCACCUCAAGUUAUCAGAGUUGGAACAAAAAAAACAUCCUUUGCUAACUUCCUGGAGAUAUGCAAAAUGUUACAUCGACAACCGAAACACUUACAAGCAUUUCUUUUGGCUGAGUUAGGUACCAGUGGUUCAGUGGAUGCAAAUAGUCAACUGAUCAUCAAGGGUAGAUUUCAACAGAAACAAAUUGAAAAUGUUUUAAGAAGAUAUAUCAAGGAGUAUGUCACUUGCCAUACCUGUCGGUCUCCAGAUACUAUCCUACAGAAGGACACUAGGUUGUUUUUCUUGCAGUGUGAAACUUGUGGAUCUAGGUGUUCGGUAGCCAGCAUCAAAUCAGGUUUCCAGGCUGUCACAGGAAAACGAGCAGCAAUUCGAGCCAAAAAUGCCUGAUAGGCCAUAUGCUUAUUAUGGUUAAAUUUCUUAUAAGGUAUUGAUUAUAGCCUCAAAGUCUGCCAGACUACCGUUGGUUACAGUUCUUAAUGCAUUAAAAGCAUGUGAAGUUGAAUUCUCAGAAAUUUAAUCAUAAACAAACAAAACAUGGUUAUUAUGGAAGCUUGUGUUUCAUAUUUGGUUACAGAUGAUACAGUAAGAAAAAAAAAAGAUUUUAUUAUUAAAACAUUAAUUUUAACUACUAAGGAAUACGUGGAAAAAGUUUCAAAUACAUCAUUUGGAUUUCAGUAGAACUAGCUGAAACUUUCUAAAAAAAAACUAAAACUUGGUCAAAAACAAGUUAAGAUAGUUUUAUUUUCAAGGGUAAAGUGUUCAAAUUUCUUAUGUUGGUGACAGCAACGAUGUACUUGUUAUGUACCAUUCAAUGUGGGAAUAAAUGGUUUCUGAUUA